AUGGCCGCCGUGUCCACCUCCGCUCUUGUUGCCCCCAGCUCCAUCAAGAGCUUCGAUGGCCUCCGCGCCAGCGCCACCCCCAGCCGGGUGGUGAAGUUCGCUCCCCUGAAGGGCAAGGGUGCCCUUGGUGCCCGCUGCGACUACAUUGGCUCCCCCACCAACCUGAUCAUGGUGAGCUCCAUCGCUCUGUGCUUCGUCGCUGGCCGCUUCGGCCUUGCCCCCUCGGCGAACAGGAAGUCCAGCGCCUUCCUGAAGUUGAGCGAGAGGGAGACUGGCCUUGGCACCAACGACCCUGCCGGCUUCACUGGCACUGAUGUGCUUGCGUUCGGAGUUGUCGGCCACGGCAUCGGCAUUGGCAUCGCCCUUGGCCUCAAGUACAUCGGCGUGAUCUAA